AUGGACAAAUAAUUAGCUUUUGAACCCAAAUUAUACUUAAACAAAAUCUAAAUUCCUAUAUAUUAAUAAAUGAAUUAUUUUGAUAAUAUCAAUUAAUCUUCAUUAAAAAACCAAACCCAAAAAUAAGAUAGUUUAGAAAUUGAUGGAUUUGAUUGGGAUUAUUCAAAUUAUGUAAAUAGAAAAAUAAGAACUAAAUUAUUAAUUUCUCACACAAAUGAAUAGGAUCUAAAAUACAUAUAAAAUGGAUCUAUCCUGAGAAUGUUUUGAUAUUCUUAUUUAUAAAUUUUAGAGAAAAGAUUUAAAGCACUUAUUAGAAACCUGAGCUAAUUAAAAAUUUAGAAUAGGUCAAACAUCUGCAAUGGAUUGGGGAAUAUGGAAAAAACAACUUAAAGGUCGGUAAUUGGAAAGUCUUUUGGAAGGGUGAAAAUUUAGUGGAUGUUGGUGGAUAAUACUCAACUAAUGGUAAAAAAUAAGGAAAAUGGAAAGAAACAAUUUAGAAUUAUUGGACGUAAUUAGAAAUCAAAUUCUUUAUUAGCAAAAAUUAAGUAUAUUUUUUGGGGGAAUAUGAGAAUGAUCAAAGAUAAGGCGUUUGGAGGUAUAUUUAUGAUGGAAAAUACAUGUAUAUUAUGAAGUAGUAAUUUAAUUUAGAGGUGGAGGAGAGUAUAAUUUGAAUGGUGAAAAAAUUGGAAUAUGGGAGGAGUUGAGUGAAGCAUUUUGGGAUUUUAACUAAAUCAUUUAUAUUGGAAAAUAUUAAAGAGGGAAAAAAAUUGGGAGAUGGAAGAAUUCUUUAAUAAAUGGUAAUGAUCUAGAAACAAAUUAACAGAUGUAAAAUAUUAUCAAAUACAGGUUUAGUUGGGGUGGAGAAUAUGAUGAAGAAGGUACAGGCAUUAAAAGUGGAAAAUGGAUUGAAAUAAGUUAAAUGUUUGAAAAACUAUCAUAAGUCAUAGAUAUUGGUGAAUAUAAAAAUGGUCAAAAGUCUGGUAUAUGGAAUUAUUUUUAUAGAGAUGAUUACAAAAAAUAAUUUGAAUAGAUGUAUAAGAUUAUUUCAUUAAAUUUUUUAGAGGUGGUGGUUCAUAUGAUGAAUAAAAUUUAGGAAUAAAGAAUGGAUUAUGGAUAGAAUUGAGCGAUGGGUUUGAAAAGCAAUCUUAAGUUAUUCAUAAAGGAAUAUAUACAAAUGGUAAAAAAUUUGGAAAAUGGGAAAUUUUGUAUAGAGCGAAUGGAAUGGAAUAAUUUUAAAAGAUGUUAAUAUUUAUUCAACAUAUUUUUAGUGGUGGUGGAUUAUAUGAUUUGUAAGGUGAAGGUGUUAAGAAUGGUUUUUGGAUUGAAUUGAGCGAAGAUUUUACAUAUUAUUCUUAAGUGACUUAUUGUGGAGAAUAUAAAAAAGAUAAAAAAGUUGGUAGAUGGGAUAUUUGGUUUAAUAAUGGAAGUAAUUAAAAGAUGUAUCAUUUAUUGAAAAUUUUAAUUUAGUGGAGGUGGAUAAUAUUUGUAAAUUAAUGGCAUGAAAAUUGGAAAGUGGAUUGAGUUGAGUGAUGGGUUUUAUAAUGAAUCUUAAGUUAUUUUAAAUGGUGAUUAUAAAAACGGUAAAAAAGUUGGGAUAUGGAACAUUUAUUAUAGAUAGAGAAAUGUAGAUUUUUUUAAAUAGAUGUAAUUGUAAAAUCUACUAAAAUUUUUAGUGGUUGUGGAUUAUAUGAUAAAGGAGGUGAGGGCAUUAAAAAUGGUAUGUGGAUUGAAUUAAGUCCUACUUUCGAAUAUUAUUCGCAAGUUAUCUAUUAUGGUGAGUAUGAAAAAGGUAAAAAAGUUGGGAAUUGGAAUACUUGUUUCAUUGAAAAGGACCUAUUUGCUAGUUUUAAUUAAAAAUAGAUGUAAAUAAAGAAAUAAAAUCUUAGAGGUUUAGGUUCAUAUGAUAAAGAUGGAAAUGGCAUGAAAAUUGGAAUUUGGAUUGAAAUUAGUGAUGGAUUUUGGGAUAACUCUCAGAUCACUUAUAAAGGUCAAUAUAAAAAUGGUAUAAAAGUUGGUAGAUGGAACACAUAUUGGAUAUGGGAUAAAUAAAAUAAAUAGAUGUAAAAUAUUGAUUGAAUAAAAUUGAAGUGGUGGCGGAUCUUAUGAUGAUUCAGGAGAUGGGAUUAAGAUAGGAAGGUGGAUUGAGCUAAGAGAUGGGUUUUAUAAUUUAUCAUAAGUUAUUUAUAUUGGUGAAUAUAAUAAAGGUAGAAAAGUAUCUAGAUGGGAUAUAUUGUAUAGUGAAUAUGGGAAAGAAGAUUUUGAAUAAAUGUAAAUUAUUCAAUAACUUUUCAGCGGUGGAGGAACAUAUGAUGAGGAAGGAAUGAAAAUUGGGAGUUGGAUUGAAUUGUGCGAUAAUUUUGGAAAUGGGUCCUUAUAAUCCUAAAUCAUCUAUAGUGGUUAAUAUUAGAAUGGAUAAAAAGUGGGAUAAUGGUUUGAAAAUAAAAUAAAUAAUAAAGGUUGUGGAAUGCGAUAUGAUUAGGAUUGA